AUGGAAAUUAUAAAAUCUAAGGAUGAGCCCUUGGUGAAGGGGCUUCCGUCACUGGGCGGAGGAGCAGGAAACUACUACUUGAGAAACAUCAUAGAUGCCCAGAAUGUGGCAUCCUAUCUAUGGGACAACUAUCUGGGAGGCCAUUCCAACUCUAGGCCCUUGGGAGACGUUGUUCUAGAUGGGAUUGACCUGGGCAUUGAGGGGGGCACCACUGAACACUGGGUAAGUUUGGUAAUGUACAUCAUGGGUUACAGAGGAGGUAAGAAGGUCUAUGUCACUGCAGCUCCUCAGUGCCCAUUCCUUGACGCAUACUUGGGGACUUCUCUCAUGAUGAGCCUUUUCGACUAA